AUGGCCGAUCAAAUCCUCGACCAAGUUCGCGAUCUGGCGGAAGGUCAGAUUGACUUUGAAGGUCAGAAGCUGGCAGAUCUUCUCGCAACCCUCGUCCUCUCGGCAUCCGGAGUUCUCUCCUUCAUCAUCGGUUACUUGCUUCAGGAUAUCAAACUCGCAGUCUAUGUUGGUUUGGGCGGAACCGUCCUUACUUUCCUCCUCGUCGUGCCUCCCUGGCCAUUCUACAAGCAAUACCCAGUCAAGUGGUUGGAGCCAGGUUCCGGAUCCGGAUCCGGAUCUGGAUCUGGGACGCGGAACAUGCCAACGAUAGAGAAGUCGGGACAGUAG